AUGAAGACUUCAGUUGUUCUAUCCGGCCUUGCCCUUGCAGCCUCUGCUACUGCUCAACUCGACAGUCUGAUCAGCAUUCCUGUCGGCCUCUGUGCAGGAGUUUUGGGUAAAGCCAACUGCAAUCAGACCGAAUCAGCCGCUGGAGGUUUGAUCAACGUUCCUCUGAACGCCUGCGUUGCUGCUCUCGGCGACACCAAGUGCCAGCAGGCUUCCACUGCCUCCGGCAACCAGGGUGCUUUGAUUAGUGUGCCUCUCAACGUCUGCCUUGCGGUUCUCGGUGAGACCGAAUGCAACCAGAAGGCCACUGCCCCCGGAGGUCUCAUUGAUAUUCCCAUCAACCUCUGCCUUGCCGUCUUGGGAGAGGCCCAAUGCAAACAAAACAGCGGCAGCGGCGCUUCUGGCACCGCUUCCGCCACCCUUCCAGCUAUCACUAGCAUCAUCGGAUCCGUUACCCUUCCGGCCGUCCCCAGCAUUGUCGAGCCUGUUACUUCCUCCGUCGUUGCUGCUUGGACUUCCGUUGUUGGUAUUAUCCCCUCUGCUUCAGUCGUUCCUGGCCCCCUCGGUGCCAGCUCCGUCAGCGCUGUUGCUCCAGCUCCUUCAGCUUCAGCUUCAGCUUCUUGGCCUGCAGUUUCUGCCGCCAGCCUUUCAUCUACCGUGUACGCUGAACAGACCAGCACAUCUACCUACUGCCCAGGCAAUACCCCCUCCACCCUGGUGCCUGUUCCCAGCGGUCCUGUCAUUGCCCCUACUGGCGUCGUUCCCAGCCCUUCCACCAAGUCAUCCACGGGUGUGACACCUGCCUACACUGGCGCUGCUGGUCACUUGGAGAUGUCUGGAUUGACCGUUGCUCUCGGCGCCAUGGCUAUCAUUGGUUUCCAGCUUUAA